AAUGAGAUGUGGUUAGUUCGAAACUCAUCUCUGGCUGCCAUGCAUUCCUUCCUGCUGCAGUUUGACAGACAAUCUCCGUACAUACACAUUAAUAAACAGCCGCUGAGGCAUUAAUCCUUGUGACUAGCAGCAGCCAGUGACGGAGACAAAUGACCUCCAUGUUGUCCCGGAAGUGAAUGCGACGCCAUCAGGUCAGACAGGGAACAACCUACAGGAGACAGGGGGAGGCGGUGCAUUCUCAGCUCUGCUGGAUGGGGAAGGGAGAGUGGUGUCCAGGCGCUGCUGCAAAGCAGGAACGUGUCAUCUCUAUGGUAGAGACAUGAGCGUCCCAACCUCUCACCUGCCUGGCAGCGCGGUGUAGUACAGCACCAGCCAGGGAUGCAAGUCCUCCUGACAAGGGGGCGGAUCUGAGCUAUGGAAGGGGUUCUGUACAAAUGGACCAACUACAUCACAGGUUGGCAGCCUCGCUGGUUUGUUUUAGACAAUGGGAUUCUCUCUUACUACGAUUCACAAGAUGAUGUGUGCAAGGGCAGCAAAGGCAGCAUUAAAAUGGCUGUUUGUGAAAUUAAAGUUCACGCAACAGACAACACAAGAAUGGAGCUGAUAAUCCCAGGGGAGCAGCAUUUCUAUGUGAAAGCAGUUAAUGCAGCUGAAAGACAGAGAUGGCUGGUUGCCUUGGGUAGUUCCAAAGCUUGCCUGGCAGAUAACAGAACAAGAAAAGAAAAAGAAAUCAGUGAAACCAAUGAAUCUCUGAAAACCAAAAUGUCAGAACUCCGUCUUUAUUGCGACCUGCUAAUGCAGCAGGUUCAUACUAUUCAGGAAUUUGUUAAUCACGAUGAACAUAGUCCAUCAACUAGCACUGAGAAUAUGAAUGAAGCCUCAUCUCUGCUCAGUGCAACCUGCAACACAUUUAUUGCUACGCUAGAAGAAUGUGUCAAGAUUGCAAGUGCCAAAUUCAAACCAGAAAUGUAUCAACUGCUGCCACAUGACGUGUCCGCUGUGUCUCCUUCUCCUGUUCAAAUGAUGAAACGCUCCAUGAGUCACCCAGGCACUUACAUUUCUGAAGGGGGCAGCCAUUCCUAUAAGGAUUCAUCCUUCCAUCGGGCAACUCAUCGACGGCGAAGCGCUUAUUCUGAAACAGAAACCUGUAAUAAUGACAUGUUUUUAGAAGAAAUGGAAAGGCCUGCACAUUGCAUAAAGACAGGGAUCAAUGGGGAUCUGUCUCCAGCCAACGUCCAGGAAGAAAACAUACACAAGUCUAAGAAACUCUGUGAAUCUGAGAAUUCUCCUGUUUCCCUUUCGUUCUGAGGGUACAGAAGGACAUUUGGGUAUUAGACUUUGCAGGAGUACUGCUAUGCAAAGACUGCUCGUGCUAGACUUUUGUGAGUACCUGUCCGACCCCUGGAUGGAUUACGCUGCACUUUAUAUAAUAAUGGGACUUUGAAGUUGAAAUUUUAUCUUUGUACAGUUUAUUUCUGAAAGUAUUUUCCUACUAACCUUCACAGUUUGAAUGCGUAUUCUCGAUCAAACAGCUGUUUUACAUUUUGGAAUAUGCAAUUCUUUGUACUGUUUUUUUAUGUUUAAAAAUGGCUGCCUGCAUAGAGUUAUCCAGCUUGGUGAUCUUGCAGCUCCUGUUCAACUUCAGUGUUUAAUAUCCACCAACAGCCAAAGAGUGCUGGGAGAUGUAGUUCAAAAACAGCUGAAGGAUAUCCCUUGCUUACAUCCUAUAUGUUUUAAUGCUGACCAUACACAGAUGGGUUUUGGCCUGUCUGUGGACCCAAACAAAUCAUUCAGUUUUCAGAUAUGCUGGGCAGAUCUAUCCUGCUGACUGAUUGCAUUGGGCCCUGGAUUGUAACUUUUGGCUAAUGGGUUCUCCAUGGCAUUUGGUCAUUGGCUGGUGGGGUCAAACAAGCCUGCCACUAGGUAACUACAUCAGAAAAAAAUGUAUUGGUUUGGUAAACUUGCAGAAUUUGCAUAUUUACAUGUAUGUCUGGACAGCUUUUCUAGACUUUCCUACUGGAAAAGCAAAAGAAACACACACAUGACGCAUAUUCCACUCACAUAAGACUGUAAUAUGCACUAUUUCUUUUACACACAAAUACAAGUCGUAUGUAAGGUUGUUGCUGUGUAUCCAAAACCCACAUAAUUAGCUUUAUCAUUUUCAAAGGGAUUUCUUAUCUCUUUAAUGUACAGUUGCACUGUAUUCCUGAUAUAUAUAUACCAAACAGUGGUAGCUAUAUGGAAUACUUUACCCCAGCUAUAUGAAGUAUUGUGUCCUCGAGAAUGUUUUGAAACUGCCUCCAUCCUUCCCCUACCAUGCUGGUUUCAUUGGCCUAUCCUGUUUCACACAAUAUUUUAUAUGAUGUGUUAUUCAAUGUUUUGCUUGCACAGUUGGCAUUUUCCUACAAGGGUCUUGUCCUCACUUUCCCCUUCCACUUAAUAUGGCAAGUAUACUUUCCAGCAUGCUGUGACUUUGUGUCUGCCUGCUAAAUACUGUGCCCCUAAGCAUGGGCAAAUCCAUACAAACAUGGGGGAGUUCAGUGGGUGUGCUCUGUGGUAGUCAUGAGUGCACACACAGAGAAUGGUAAGUAAAGGUUUCCAUAUUAUAUUUUUUAUUUAAGUUGUGUAUUAGCUAGUCAAGAAGGAUUUUGUGGAUCAGAUUCUGUUACAUGCUUUUUUCUCCCAAAUGAUCUGAUGCUUUGUACCAUUUAGUGCAACGGAGGCAGUAACACAUAUAACACUGUUUGGGGCGCAGCACAAGGUUGCAGAUGCAGCAACACCCUAAUCAUUAUGGAGACUGAAAGCAAGGGAAAGGAUGCUAUUUCUUUUAAGGGCUCUUACCAGCAUUUUAACAUGCAUUCAAAGAGCAAGCAGUGCUAACCUCACACGUUCCCUUGUGCCGAAAUGAAAGAGCCAAUAAAGGGAAACACAUGAAGAAAUGCUCAUAUGUAGGAGCCCUAACAGAGUAAGAUAUGGAAUUUUAAGAGUAUUGCUACAGACAGUGUUCUGUAAUGGAGGCCACGUGUUUGUGUGUGUGUGUGUGUGUGUGUGUGUAGAUCUAGCGGUGCUCAUCUUGCUGUUUUGUCACGGUACCACAACAUGUAUUUAAGCAUUAGCACCUUGUAAGGUCUGGCUUUAAGGUGAUUUAGAUUUAAAUAUUUCUGUUGAUUGGAGGGGGUGUAAUUAAACUAUAUAUAAAAAUG